UCGCGAUUAGUCUGUAAAAGUCGGCGCGUGAGCCACUGACACGACUAUCACCGCGUGCGCGAGCAACCGAAUCCGGCGCGUCAAGCCACGUCAAGUCGAAAAGCAAAGACGAGGAAAAACCGCACGAUGUUACAAGGAGAUAAAUAUUCGGAUUGAUAGCGUAUCGUUCCGAGAGAGAUAAUCGCGGAUCGGGCGAGUCUCGGAGAGUCCCGACGAAGUGCGCGAGAAAACUGAUCGGAUGUAAGAUCCGCGAAUGAAAUGUUGACGUAUACAGUAUUCCGAGCGUGUCGAGAUUAAUAUACAGAUAGAUUUAUGUUAAAAAACGUGGAGAAAAUACUCGACGAUUCAAUCUCGAUUUGUGCCGAAGAUCGGUGAUACGGGCAUUGAAAAGAGUCACGAGUCUUCACUCCCUCCCCUUCCUCAAUCCUGACUCAUAAAUUAAUUAAUCGUGCCAAUAUAUUCAAUUGAUGCCAAUAUAUCCGAUUUGGAGCGCAAGGGCCAAUCAAUGGGCGAAUUGAAGCGUCGCGGAUAAAACACAUGCGGCUACGCGAUCAUCAUCUGUGCGAUGACAGAUCAUCAUCUGUGCGAGUCGCGGGAAGCAGCGUUCGAUAUCUCGAUAUCCGUCGCUCGUCCGUCCGCUCUCCGGAUAGGCAUGAAACGGAACGGGCGUUAAGAAAGAGCGAGAACUGGAUCGUGUGUAUCAAGAUUUACCCUACAUAUCACCGGCCGGCGGAUCCGCCGUCGAUCCGAGCCGCUGCACCGUCGCGAAAUAUCGCACCUGUUGUUGUGAAUAAAGUUGCCGGACGAUAAGAUGACGCGAAGAGGACUUUUACUGCUGCUACUCAGUGUAGCCCUGCUGAAAAAAUCAUCCGGUGCCGAGAAGAACGCGGAGAACGAAGCCUCCGGCCAACGGCCACAUCACAGGCAGAAGAGGGUCCUUUGGUUCACGAAUGACGGAAGAAUCGCGCUACCGCCCGGCACGGUUAUGACGAUCACACCGACGCUGGCGUUGCCCUUCGUAAGGCAUCCACCAUACGGUUUUCUCAGCAAUAUAACCAUCAGUCUGCCGUUCACGAUCGACUUCGACAAGCUAGGCUUGACGGACAACGAGAAUCCAUACGGGGCGCUACCGUCUAAUUUUGACAGAAAGCUGAAGAGCCGACAAGCCGGCAUGAUGAUGGCAGACUUUAUUGCAGCCUUCAUCAAACGUAGAUUGCACAAACGGGACAUGGCAGAGGUGCCGAAAAACGCGUUCCACGGCGGUGAACGAGCCCUACUUUAUGGCACCGCCGAAGAUAUGCUGAGCACCUUGGGAAUGAACGGGAAAGCGUGCGUGUUGAGGGCGAUUUGCGAGGUCCAGGGACAUCAUCUUAACAAUUUUGGCCUGAUCGGAGAAAUGCUAAAAUUGUUCUUCACUGCCAGUCGGUCGCCGUUUGCUAGUCUCCUCAAGGAAUACGUCGAGGCGGAAAAUCGCGGGAAAUUUCACGGCGAGUGCUGGCCCUACUUUAAAGAUUGCCCAAAAUCUUUAUUUCUACCCUCUUCUAACAAUAAAUAUCAGAAAGAUUCGAUGCACAACGAAGAAAAUGAAGAGGAUGAGCAUUGGAAUCAAAUUUUGAAUGAACACGAUGAAGAACCUCUCAUGAGGAUAUCGGAACAAUUACGUCCAAUGUAAUUGCAAAUUAUAAUUAUAUACGAGAUGAGCCGUGUCUAGGGAGGAAACUCGCGCUUAUUUUUUCGGACACAGAGAUUUUCUGUUAAAUUUUAUGAAAGUAAACACUUUGUCCAAAGAAUGAGGAGAAGCUGACUUCCCUUCAUAGACUUCAUGCUGUUAUGUAGAAUAUUACAAUUUCCUUUCGUCUCGAAAGGCAUUUACCUCGGGAUUUUUUAAAUAAAAAAUCUCAUUUAAAUGUAGACUCAAAAAUUAAUGCUACACGCGGGAUUAUAAAUACUUGGCGAAAUGUGUAUAAAAUUUAUAUAGGUUCUUUAAGAGCAAGCUCAAAAAUAAUGUUAAUAUAACGAGAUUACCAUUACAGACACGCGGUCCUUUAAGGUCAAGCUCAAAAAUAAUGUUAAUAUAACGAGAUUACCAUUACAGAUAGGCAGGAUUAUAAACGUUUUGCGAAAUAUACGUAAAAUUUAUAUAGAUUCUUUAAGGGCAAGCUCAAAAAUAAACAAUAAUGUUAAUAUAAUAAAAUUAUAUAUAUAUAUAUAUAUAUAUAUA